CCUUGAUUUCCUCUUUCUCUCUCUCACACACUCACUAUGAGAGAGAAAGUGGCAAGCAUUGAAGAAAGGGUAGAGUUCAAUCAAUACAAUAAACAUUCAAAUGUCUACAAAUAAAUGAAGUCCCGGAAAAGGAGUAGUGCGUUUAUGAGUGUUUUUUUGCCAUUCCUACUCCAAAUUGAGGUGUUUUUCACCCCUCAAACCUCUCCUCCAUUUUACCAUUUCUCCUGCCAGCUAAUUCUCUCUCUUUCUCCUCUCUUUCAAUUCUGCAAUUUCAUUUUUUAUUUUUAUUUUCAAUUUUUUUUUUUUUUUCAUAGUUUCACAUGCUAAUUAGCUUAUUCUUCGCUCUCUCUCUAUAUAUAUGAUUUCACUUUCUCUCUCUAUCUUUAUCUCCUUUUCAUGAACAAGUGGAUCUGGUGCCAUUUCAUCAAUUCUUCACUAGGGUUUCCGGAUUCUUAAAUCUUUUUUUUUAAUCUGUCAUGAUUCCGAUUUUGUCCGACCUUCAAAGUUUUCAGCUCUUAUUUUGUUCCUGUAUUCGUCAAAAUUAAGCGCAGAUUUGAGUUUGCGGCAUUGUUUUCGUUUAUUUUCUUAUUAAAGAAAAAGCCUUUUCCCAGGAAAUAUAAAUGAAAAAAAAUUGAGACUUGGAUACUAAGAGACUAGAUUUUCCAUUUCGAAAGAUUUAAUUUGGAGAGAUCGCUGGAUGAAGGGACUUGCAGAAGUAAGGAAUAGUGUCUUUCUGGAGGCAACGUUUUGUCAAAUUGUGAUGCUCGUAGAAUUGCUCGCCUUGGAACUUAGCUUUCAUGGAAAAUCAUUGGAUCUCUUCGAACUUGAUUGGCCUCUCAGACAUCAACUUUUUCCAUUGGAAUCAACCCUAUACGUGACGUGACUUGUGCAAUCACGAAUUCUACGUGUGUUAUGUCUGUUAUCUCUUAUAACGUGCGGGGACUUUAUGGUUUAUAUAGGAGAUAGAAUGUCGACUGAAAGUGAUGAGAGGACGAAGCCCAACAGUGGCGUAGAUUCCCCAUCUGUUGAUGAUGUUACUGAAGGAAAUGUCGGAGGGAAUGGCCCACUUAAAAAAGGUCCGUGGACUUCUGCAGAAGAUGCAAUUUUAGUUGAAUAUGUUACCAAAAACGGAGAGGGUAACUGGAAUGCAGUUCAGAAACACUCGGGUCUUGCCCGCUGUGGGAAAAGUUGUCGUUUGAGGUGGGCGAAUCACCUCAGACCAGAUCUUAAGAAAGGUGCAUUUACGGCUGAGGAGGAGCAUCGCAUAAUUGAACUCCAUGCCCAGAUGGGAAACAAAUGGGCUCGAAUGGCUGCUGAGUUGCCUGGCCGCACAGAUAAUGAGAUUAAGAAUUACUGGAACACCAGAAUCAAAAGAAGACAACGUGCCGGUUUACCAAUUUAUCCACCUGAUAUCUGUUCGCAGCCAUUGAAUGACAACCUGCAAAGUGAUGACAUGAGUAAUUUAUCCUCUGGUAACGUGCACCAUCCAGAACUCAUGCCAAAUAACAAUUUUGACAUUCCAGCUGUGGAAUUUAAGAAUUUGGAACUUAAUCGCCAUAUAUUCAUGCUGAACUUUCCUCCUGGUAACUUGCCUGACAUUCCCGCAAGUAGCCUGCUUACGCAGAGUCUAAGCAAUCCGUACCAUAACAAGUCCGUGCUCCCAACAGUUCAUCCAUCCAAGCGUCUUUGCGGGUCAGAACCGAUGUUCCCUGGCUUAAAUGCUCCUAUAUGUAAUGCUUUCCCAGGUGGGAAUCAAUACCAUUUUGAUAGUUCUAUGCAAAUUGGGAAAUCGCCAGUGUUCUCUGCAUAUGAUCAUAAUCCUGCAACUGACAAUGCGAGAACUUCAAGUUUACCUAAUGGCAGCCAUGCCGUCUUAAAUGGCAACUCUUCUUCAGAGCCUUCUUGGGCAACGAAGCCGGAGCUCCCUUCACUCCAAACACAGAUGGGUACUUGGGGCUCACCCUCACCCUCUUCCCCGUUGCGUUACCUUGAGUCCGAUGAAAAUUUAAUCCAGUCGCCCCCAAAUGAGCCCAUGAACUCAUGUAAUCUUUCACGCCAAAAUAGUGGUCUAUUGGAAGCAGUUCUAUCUGAAUCAGAAACCAUAAGAAACUCCAAGAGCAACAGUGUUAAUACCCCACAUGCACCCACUUUUAUGGAUGACUCAUUACAUACUCUCCACGAGACGGAAUGGGGAGCAUAUGAUAAUCAACUCUCUCCUUUAGGUCAUUCUUCCCCAUCAAUGUUCAGUGGGAACUCGUUGGAUGAGACCUUCCAUACGGGGACUUUUCCAGUUAAGGAAGAAGCAAUAAACGGGGGCCUAUUGACAUAUGAUGAUAGCAUUGAGGCAAGAAACCAGAUGAUCUUUUCCAGACCUGAUUUUUUGCUUGCCUCGAACUGCUUCAGCCCAGUUAAGCACCAAACUAACGAACACACUGUAAAAGAUGCAAUCGAAGCUUUUUAUGGUGACGAUUUGAGCAAAGACUACAAAAUAGUUGACGCAGUGGCAACUCCAUCAACUCCAAGCCACCAUGAUCAUGAUUCCAGUGCUUGGAAUGCCAUGCCUACCAUCUAGUCCACUUAUUUGCAUUCGAGAAAACGCAGAUUAUCAACUUUCUCUGGACAUGUUUUCUAUUUUCCAUUGCUACUUGUCGCGUGAAUUUAAGUUCUGGCCUCAAUAUUGGGGCAGAUUGCUUACUUUUUCAGGAACAAUUCUGUGAUGUUUGGUCUUGAUGUCUAGCAGUUUUCACAUUGUAACAACGUGUGCGCAUUUAUAUUUGUUUCAUUUAUGAGGGCUUUUGACGAAUA